AUGUAAAUUGAUUUAAUAGAGUAAUAAAUAGUUAAGAAAAAGAGAUCAAGGUCUUAAAAAUGUAAUGGAGAUUCUAUACCUGCAUUUUUAUUAAAAACAUAUGAGAUAAUAGAUGUAAAAAUUAUUAGUAAUAAUAAGAAUCCUAGUAAUUAAGAUGUUAUUAGUUGGAAUGAGGAAGGAAAUGGAUUUAUAGUUAAAAAAGUUAAUGAAUUUUCAGAUGUUAUUCUGCCUAAAUCAUUUAAACAUAGUAACUUUGCAUCUUUCGUUCGAUAAUUAAAUAUGUAUGACUUUCAUAAAACUCGACAUGAUAAUUAUGAAAAUGAAUUUAAACAUAAAUUAUUUUAAAGAGGAAAAAAGUAAGAAUUUUAGAUAUAUAUGUAGAAAUUAAUUAAGCUAAAUUAAAAGAAAAACAAAUGAUUAGAAAGAACAAAAUUCUUUAACUCUUAUCAAAACUGAUAUUAUGAGAAAUGGAAAUUAAGAAAUACCAGAAGUAAUAGUUUAUAUUUAUAUUAGAUAUCUAUGUAGAUGUCCAGAUUGUAGAAUAAAUAUUCUGAACUUGAAAAACUAAUGAAAAUUCUAAUUAAAUAAAAUGAGAAAAUUAUGAAAGAAAAUAAAUAUUUGUGGACUAAAUUUUUGAAUAAUAAGUACUAAUAUAUUAAUAAAGAGGCAUAAAAAUGAGAAUUCAGAUGAAUAAAUAAUGAAAUGGGUUUUAUAAACAUUGUAAGGAAGCAAAUAAAAUGGAAAACAUAAAAAUAUUUCUAAUAAUAAUCUAUUAAUGAUAAAAUAAACUAGUGAAAAUGAUGAAGAUAAUUUAUAUGAUAUUUAAUAACAAAAAAUGUUUGAAAAUGAAAAAACAUCAUUUGAUUAAUAUCCAUCAUAAAUACUUAAAUAAAAUUUCGAAUAAUAAAUAGAAUAAUUAUCAAAAACACAAAUAAUCUAAAUUCUAAUCAAUGCUGUAACUAAUAAUUAAAAAUAAGAGAAAAAGAAUAUUUUUAAAUAUGAAGAUGAUGAAAUUAGUAUUGAAGAAGAAUAUCCAAUAACUAAAAAAUUAAAUUUAGAAUAAGAAAGUGAAGAAAAAAAUUAAGACAAUUAAUUGAUGGUUUAUAGUGAUCCAUUUUCUUUCCAUAAAUUAGAGGAUAAUUUCAUAAUAGCAGAAUCACCUAAUUUAAGUAGAAAGAACUCUUUUUAUGAUCAUGAUCCUAUUCCUCAAUUUUAUGAAUUUUGA